UUAAUUGCUCAGAUGGAUAUUGCUGGAUCAACAUCUUCACAUCCAGAAGUAUCCAGUAACACGCAUCAUAACAUAGCAGUAAGUAGAAAACGUCCAGCAGCUUGUCGACUUCCGCGAAUCACACUCAAUGCAAUAAAUGCAAGUAGAAGUGAUUUGAUGAGUGAUUUAGCUAAUAAUGAAUUGUCUCAAGAAAAUAAUGGUGAUGAUGCAAAACGUCGUCUUUUGGACGUAAAAAUUUCACCCACUAGCAAAUUUGCAUCGCCAGAAUUAGGUGGCGCUCGUUUUCUAGUAUUAUUUCAGUCAUGGUCAAAAAUAAAUGAUAGAGUGGUCUGUGGCUACCGUUUGAUUGGCGCUGGUAAAGAGUUCGUAGCUUAUCAUGUGGAGAAGAAAAUUGUUAAGACUUGUGAAAUCAUCAACGGUGAACAAUAUGUGAAGCUAUUGGUGGUUGCGAAUCGAUUGAAUGAAGCUGAGCGCUAUUGGAAAUAUGGAGAUUUGGAAACAAUGAGGGAAUUCGUUCUACCCUCAGGAACCGAGGUGUUUGUGGGUGAAAAUGGUCAGCGUUUUAUGUUUUCAAAUUGGCAAUAUGGGACUAUGCAUAGCAAAGUUCAAAUGAGCGAAAUUAGAAACGAAGUUCGUCUUUCGGAAAGCGAAGCAUUUGCUUUGUUUUCAAAAAUUGCUAGAGGCAUGGCAUUUUGCCAUGCUUGUGGAAUCAUUAUACGAGAUGUGAAACUUCGAAAGUUCGUCUUUACAGACAAACAAAUGCAAGUUUUUUCUGUGUUUGAAGAAAAUGUAAUUUUAGUGAUAACCAGUGAACAUUUUUGUAUUUCUUCAUUGCUAAAAAAUUUUAGGACGCAGUUAAGAUUACGAGAUGUGUUCGAUGUUGUUGUCUGUGAAGAUAUUACAAAUGAUUGGUUACAUGAUAGGCACAUUUGUCCAGCAUACGUUGCACCUGAGAUUUUGAAGGAUUCUGCUGCAUAUGCGGGUCGUCCAGCAGAUAUUUGGGCGCUGGGAAUUCUGCUUUAUGUUUUGUUAUUCGGAUGUUAUCCGUUUAUCGAUACAACGCUGCGGGAAUUAUUCUAUCGAAUUUUAAGAGCAAAGUUCAGUAUUCCAACUCAUAUACGAAUUUCUCCAAUAGUCCGUACCUUAAUUUUUGGUAUGUUGCGAAAAGAACCAUUAGAACGCCCAAAAGCUGAACAACUUCUUCACAUACCAUGCGAUGAUCAAUAUUUGAGCGAGUCCAGUGACCAGUUCUUUCGUUGUUUCUUAUCGGGUUGGUUAGAUGCGCCAUCUUCCCGUAUUCCAUCAGUUUUUGGUAUAUUUGGUAAUCCAACACUUGAAUUAGCUCGACAUAUGACCAAGGUCAGAGAUGAAAACGAUGAUCAGGUAGUGCCAACAUUUUCUUCCGCAGUGCACAAUGUAAAACAGCAUUUACAAAUUAUGCGUGAUGUUACAAUGGAGCCGAUCUUGAAUUUAGUUAGUAAUGAAGGUAGUGAAGAAUCACUCACUCCAGCUGUUAGCACUACUAUUUCCACUGCUGUUGAUAAUUUAAUUGGUAUCUGA